AUGAAGAACCUACUUCAGAUAGAUGGAGCUACUCUGUUGAUGCUAUCCGAACUUGAUCUACGAGAUCCACCUCUGCAAAUCAAGUGCUUAGGGGAUAUAAAACGACUUGGACGAGCAAUAUACGAUUUGAGAAAUUCUCAUAUGAAUUCACGACAACCGUCACCACGGGUUUCUGAGUCAGCUUCACAACAUGAUGAUGUAUUAUUAUGUGUGGAAUACGAUCAGCGCAGAAAAAUGUCUAUAUCAGGCGAAGAUAUACGAGUUAGAACGAAAAACACUGCAAUUAUUGACGACCCUCUAGUCGAUUCUAUAUCUGAAGCUGGUGAUAUCCGAUCUGUACGGUUGAUAUCAAGAGAUGAGCUUAUACGAACUGUUGAAAGUCCUGACACCAAAGCAAAAAGUCUAGCCAAAUUGGUCAUAGCUUUUUUCUAUUGCUUAUCCUCAUUACUCAUCACAGCCUUCGUGAUGGUUCUAGUACACGAUCGUGUACCAGAUAUGAAAACAUAUCCACCUCUGCCAGACAUUGUGCUCGAUAAUUUGCCCCUAAUUCCAUGGGCAUUUGAAGUAUGCGAAUUGAUAGGAGUAGCGCUGUCUGUCAUAUGGUUUACUAUACUUACUUUUCACAAGCAUAGAGUAGUGAUCAUGCGGAGGAUGUUUUCCCUAGUAGGAACUGUAUUUUUGCUCCGGUGUAUAACAAUGCUGAUCACAUCAUUGUCCGUACCGGGUGUACAUCUUGAGUGUCGAGCAAAGAGUUAUGGCAAUCUAGUGGACAAAUUGGUGCAAGCGUUUCACAUUUGGUCUCGUCUAGGAAUGUCGAUACAGGGUGUUCGAACUUGUGGGGACUACAUGUUCAGUGGUCAUACCACUGCAAUCACACUGCUUAACCAUUUUAUAACUGAAUAUACGCCAGCAUCGUGGACGUUUCUUCAUACCGCCACAUGGGUGAUGAACCUCUUUGGAGUAUUUUUCAUACUUGCUGGUCACGAACACUAUUCGAUUGAUGUCUUCAUUGCUUUCUAUAUAUCGUCCCGAAUGUUCCUCUACUAUCAUGCAUACGCAUACAAUCAUGCGAAUCUUACCGCAACGGACGACCGUAUCCGACUCUGGUUCCCAUUGGGAUGGUUCUUUGAAGCUGGUAGCAUUGGAAAGGUUCCAAACGAGUUUGAAAUGCCGUUACGAGUGAUUGUUCCGCGAUGGUGGGACAAUUCUCGUAGUCAUGAUGAAAAAGAGGCACGAGAGGAGCAGAAACCUGAAAAAGAAGGGAAACAUCCAAGAAGGUGGAAAAAGAAGAAUCAUUAA